AGGCGUAUAUAUAAUUAACUCACACACCCUCGCUCUUUAUGAGGAGUAGAUGAAAGAAAGAGAAAGUAUGGAGCUGGGCAGCAAGGGCAUGGCGGUGAAAGAGAGGGAAGUGGUGGAGGAGGAGAAAACAAAGUGCAAAGAUGUUAAGGUGAAGAAACUUGGCGGCAUCAGGACAAUGCCAUUCAUUCUUGCAAAUGAGAUAUGCGACAGAUUCGCAGCCACAGGAUUCCAUGCCAACAUGAUAACAUAUUUGACAGAACAACUGAACUUGCCGCUAGUUAAGGCUUCCAAUACACUCACCAACUUCGGCGGAACGGCGAGCUUCACACCGCUGAUCGGUGCUUUGAUAGCCGAUUCCUUCGCCGGUCGAUUUUGGACCAUCAUAAUCGGUUCCAUCAUAUACGAACUGGGAAUGAUCAGUAUCACCAUAUCAGCAGUGCUACCAUCACUCCGUCCUCCACCAUGUCCAACUCAACUGAAUUGCCAGGAAGCCUCAACUCUGCAAUUAUGGGUUCUUUACAUAUCCCUUCUCCUCACAUCCUUUGGCACUGGUGGCAUUAGGCCUUGUGUGGUUACCUUUGCUGCUGACCAAAUUGACAUGACCAAAUCAAGUGUUAACUCUCGAGGUUGGAAUUUUUUCAACUGGUACUACUUUAGUAUGGGAAUGGCGACCUUAACUGCAUUGACUGUUGUUGUUUAUAUACAAGACGAUGUGGGUUGGGGCUGGGGUCUUGGUAUUCCUACUAUAGCCAUGGCCUUAUCCAUUGUAGCUUUUGUAUUUGGCUCCCGACUUUAUGUGAAGUUGAAACCAGGAGGAAGCCCUUUGGUUAGAUUGGCACAAGUAAUUGUUGCUGCUUUCAAGAAAAGGAAAAUAGUGAUGCCUGAUGAUCGUGGGCUUUUGUACCAAAAUAAGGAGCUUGACGCUGACAUUUCUGUCACUGGAAGGCUUCUACACACCAAUCAAUUCAAAUGGCUUGAUAAAGCUGCCGUAAUAGCAGAAGGUGAGCAAAAUGAUAAGAAGACCCCAAAUCUUUGGAGGCUAGCCACAGUCCACAGAGUGGAGGAGCUGAAAUCCAUAAUCAGAAUGCUACCUAUUUGGGCAGCUGGAAUUUUACUCGUAACAGCUUCUUCACACCUACACAGUUUUGUCAUCCAACAAGCUCGCUCCAUGGACCGGCACCUGUCACAUUCCUUCGAAAUUCCACCAGCUAGCUUAUCCAUCUUUAGUAUUCUAACCAUGCUAACCGGUCUUGUUGUAUAUGAACGCCUCUUCGUCCCCUUCGCUCGUCGCUUCACCGGAAACCCAUCAGGAAUCACUUGCCUACAGAGAAUGGGCAUAGGUUUCUUUGUCAAUAUAAUUGCAACAAUUGUUUCAGCAUUAGUUGAGAGCAAAAGAAAAGCAGCUGCUGCCCAUCACAACUUAUUGGAUGAUCCUCAAGCCAUUAUUCCAAUAAGUGUGUUUUGGUUAGUUCCUCAGUUCUGUCUCCAUGGAGUAGCAGAAGUUUUCAUGUCUGUUGGGCACUUAGAAUUUCUUUAUGAUCAAUCACCAGAAAGCAUGAGAAGCACAGCUGCAGCACUCUAUUGGAUUGCAAUUUCUAUUGGUAAUUAUAUAGGUACAGGUUUAGUGACACUAGUUCACGACUAUACUGGCAGGGAAAACAAUUGGUUGCCUGACAGGAACCUUAACAGAGGCAGAUUGGACUACUAUUAUUGGCUGGUUACAGGUAUCCAAGUUGUAAAUCUUGUUUAUUAUCUAGUUUGUGCCUGGCUUUAUACUUACAAACCAUUAGAAGAGGUCAAGGACGAGGAAGAUGCUGAAAUAACUAAUAAUGAGAUUCCAUAUAAGCGCUUGGCUGAUGCAAACGGGGACAAAGAGGUUGAGCUUGCUAGGAAUGAUGGAGUUAGGAUUGUUUAAGAUAUAAUCUAUGAAAAGUCUUGCCUUAUUCUACGUAGAUGUCUUCAAUCAUUCGCUAAAUCAAUAAAUGAGUGAUAUAUAUUUAUUAA